AUGGGCGAUGCGAUGCGCAAGGCGAUUGCUGCGUACGACAAGCGGUCGGGCGAGCAACCAUACAACGCCCUCGAGUUUUUGAAGCAGCUCGAUCGAAAGAAGCGCUUGCGUCUCCCGCCCUGGGCUUUCAAGACCUUUCUCGCCGAAAACAGCAUCGUGGACUUUCGUUUAAAGGAGAAGGAAGUCGCGGCCGUCGUUGCGCACUUUGAGUGCCAAUACGACGAUGGCGAUGCCGGCGUCGACUAUGAGCAGUUUGCGCGGUGGCUCCAGCCGUCACUGCACUACGAUGUCGCCGAGCUUCACGAUCAGCUCAAGCACCUCUUCAAGAAAACAAAACUCAAAUGGCGGGACAUCUUCAAGGAGAUGGACGCGGAUGGCAACGGCAUCGUGACGCGCCUCGAGUUUAAAGAGGCGCUACGCGAGCUUGGCAUGCCCGUCACGGAUGCACAGUUGCGGUGCUUGAUGGACGAGUACGACACGGACGGCGACGGAAAGAUGGCGUAUGACGAAUUCCUCCGAGCUCUCGGACAAGAUAAGGAUGACAGUGACGGCACCGAGAC